UAAAUUGCAGGUGAUCCGUCCGAAGCUACGAAGAAGUUGCCCCCGAAGACGAAUCAUCUCUCUCUCUAAUGGAAGACCUUGACUAUUCUGAUCUCCCAAAUAAAGUUCAAAUCCACCAACACCAAUUCUUCACAAUCUACACGAAAUGGACGGAGUUCCAGCGGCAGGCGGCGGCGGUGGUCCGGCGCCGUUCCUGUUGAAGACGUACGAGAUGGUCGAGGAUUCAUCGACGGACGAAAUCGUGUCGUGGGGUUCCAAAAUGAACAGCUUCGUUGUGUGGAACCCUCCUGAGUUCGCUCGUCUUCUCCUUCCCUCCUAUUUCAAGCACAACAAUUUCUCAAGCUUCAUCAGACAGCUAAAUACUUAUGGAUUUCGGAAGAUUGAUCCUGAAAAAUGGGAAUUCGCAAAUGAAGACUUUGUAAAAGAUCAAAAGCAUCUUCUUAGAAAUAUCCAUCGCAGAAAACCUAUCCACAGCCAUAGCCAGCCUCAGGGUUCUUCAGUCGAUCCGGAAAGAGCGGCAUUUGAUGAAGAAAUUGAUAGGCUUUCACGCGAGAAAGCUGCACUUGAGGUGAAUGUUUUCAAUUUCAAACAGCAGCAAUCUGCUGCAAAGGGGCAGUUGGAAAACCUAACUCAGCGAGUAGGUGGUAUGGAGCAGAGACAGGAGAAAUUGCUGACCUUCUUAGAAAAAGCAAUUCAGGACCGUAAUUUUGUUGAACGUCUUGCUCGAAAACUUGAAUCUGUGGAUUUCUCAGCAUUUAAUAAGAAGAGGCGAAAACCUCAAGAUAGUCUUUCUCAGCCAGUUUCUGCAGAUAGUUUUAUGGACAACCAUAGUAGCUCUGGACACGAGCUUGGGAAUAUUUCCCACCAAGAUUUUUCAAAUAAACUCAGACUAGAGUUAUCACCAGCAGUUUCAGAUAUGAACUUGGUCUCACACAGUGCACAGAGUUCCAAUGAAGAUGGGGAAAGUCUGCAUAGGAGAAUGUCUGAAGGAUACGUAAAAGAUGCACAGACGACUACUGGUGGUCUUCAAUUUGCCCCUGAAACAUUAGAGCUUUCAGAUACCGGGACAUCUUUUGAAUUUGGGAUGGAGUCAUCUUUAUCUUGUAGAGCAGGAGUCGACAAAAGCCCAGGAUUGCAUUCUUUGCAGCAAAUUUUGACUUCUAAUGAAGAAGGUGAUGGUAAUAUCUCCUGUCAUUUAAAUCUUACUCUAUCAUCUUCUGCAUUGCAAGUGGAGAAAAGUCACUAUUCAGCUACGAUGCCCCAAUUAGGUCUGGAAAUUAGUCCUUCUCCCGGGCCAAGUUCUAGCGCCUCUGGUAAAGAGGGUAAUAUUAGAGUUUCCUCGAAGAACAGAACCUCUUUUAACGAAGACAAGACUAUGUUGUCCUUGAAAGAGGUACCAACCAACAAUCAAGGACCUGCAAUUGCUCAGGUCCGAGUGAAUGAUGUGUUCUGGGAACAGUUCCUGACUGAAAGACCGGGCUCUUCAGACAUUGAAGAGGCAAGCUCUAAUUUCAGGGCAAGCCUCUCUGAAGACCAAGAGAAUAGAAGAUCAGGCCUUGGAACACCCACUGCAGAGAAAUUGAAGCAUCUCACUCUUUGAGCACCAAAGUUGCGGUGGAACCUUGUGACAAUUUUAAAGGCUUAUCCAAUGUCCUUGCCAGGUGCUGUAAGAUACACAUCUGAUUAAUCAUGUGUUUUAAAGGCUUGACAUGAGACCUCUUAUAUGUAGUUCAAGUGAGAUGAGUUGAUGUGCCAAAGUUUGAUGGUUGCUGAUUAAAUUUUAUGGUUAUUUGAGGGCCAUUCUUCUAAAAUAAAUGCAUUAACUUUGUAGCAUUGAUGCAUGCUGUGAAAUAAAGUGUCUUUUGUCUCAUAAAUAA